CCUAAUGUCUCCAUCGUCAUCACCAUUUGACGCAUUUUUGGCUUCACACACACGCGCGCGCGCGCACAGGCGCACACAAACACGUGUGUGUUUUUGGCUUCGCGUGCGCGUUGUAGCCCCUCCCGCCUCCGGUGCCGCUAAAACUAUAUAAAUCACCUGUGUCGAGUUUGGAAGCAAAGUGCAUCGACCUGCAGAGGACAAACUGAGUUGGAGAAUAGACUUGACGGCGCAGACAGACACCACCUGUAUCCCCCGGCUUCUACCUGUUGCCUCCAAAGUCGUUUCAUGAUGGCUGUGAUACUGAAGCCAUGGACGGUGCUGGUGGCUGUUGUGCUGUGUGUGCUGGUGUGUCUGGGAACACUGGCCGAUGCCUACCCCCCCAAACCUGAGAACCCCGGUGAAGAUGCUCCACCGGAAGAACUGGCCAAGUACUACACUGCCCUGAGACACUACAUCAAUCUGAUCACCAGGCAAAGGUAUGGAAAGCGUUCAGCUCAGGAGGAUGUGGUUGCAGAGCUGCUGUUUGGUGGUGACAGCAACAGAGACCAGAGAUCAAGAUAUGACGACUCCUAUGUGUGGUGACUCCUCCAUGCCAGCCCCCACCCAUCAUCAGGCAUUCCCUCCAGCUGCUUCCCACAAUGCACCUGGAGGGGCCAACAUGUGCCUCUCACCUCCAACCCCUGAACCCAACGCCAAACAGUGACCAUCAGUGACCAGACCACAAGCUCUCUCUGUCACUCUUGUUGCUUUCUCAU